AUGAGUGACGCUGCAGAAAUCCUAAAAUCAGUCGAGUUUGGUUUAAAUGUCGUCAUAUUUCUUCUCAACACUGAUCGUGGCCCACAAGCGACUGAGUUGUCUAAUGAAUGUGCAAUUCUACUUCAAAACCUUGACUGUGGUAGUCAGCUUGAUAUCUUCGAUGUAAUAUCCAAUGCAUACUACGGCAUCUCUGGUAACACAAGUGCGGAAAGAUAUACCAAGAAACUUCUUUACACGUUUCACCACGCUGGAAGACUAACCUUCCAACUGGGAGACAAAUAUGAAACACAGCGCCGGUUUGUUGAGGCAAAGCAACUCUUCAAUAGCGCACUCAUCAUCGUGCAAACAAUUGGUCACAAAACUGAAGAAACAAUGGCUCAUGAAAGACUUGGAACUGUAUGUAUGAGCCUCAGUGAAAUGCAGCAAGCAAAAAAACACUUCGAGAAAGCACUCACCAUGGCGAUAGAAAUUGGCGACAGACGAGGAGAAGAAGCAAAAAUUAUGGACAGACACGGAGAAGGAAUAAUUAACGAAAACCUCGGAAAAUUGCUUUAUUCCCUUUGCAAAUACCCGAAGGCUAAAGAAUGUGACGAGAAAGCUCUUGCGAUCGCGAUAGAAAUUGGAGACAGGCAAGCAGAAGGAACAAGAAACGCGGACCUCGGAAUUGUGUUUAGUUCCCUAGGCGAAUAUCAGAAGACUAAAGAAUAUCUCGAGAAAGCUCUUGCGAUCGCGAUAGAAAUUGGAGACAGGUAUGCAGAAGGAACAAGCAACAGGGGGCUCGGAUAUGUGUUUUAUUCUCUUGGCAAAUAUCAGAAGGCUAAAGAAUAUUACGAGAAGGCACUUGCUAUUAAGACAGAAAUCGGCGUGACAAAAGGAAGAGAAUAUUUGAGUCUUGGGGAUGUUUAUUUUAAGCUUCGAAAAAAUCGGCAAGCUAAAGAAUAUUUCGACAAGGCAAUCGGCAUCAGUAUAGCAAGUGGUGACAGAAUACUAGAAGCCAACGCAACAGUAAAUUUGGCAGAGAAUGUAGCGAUAGAGAUAUCGACGCAGGAAUUUGUUUAA